CCCUUCGCUAGGGGCCCUUCCGGCUCGCCGGGCCUGGCUCCGCUCUCUGCCCCCCGCAGCCUUCCGGCGGCCUCGGGAACCAGGAGCGGCCUCGCCCACCCCGCCGGCGGCCCCGUCCCCGCGGCCUGCUCCAUAUUCUUAUGCCAUCGUGGUCCUCGCCGGCGUAGGAGCGCCUUCCGGUCAUGCCUUAAGCAAUUGCCUGGCAUCUGGCACGUGUGGUUUGUUCUCUCACCCUCUCCCUUGGAGAAUAAGUGUGUGCAGUGGAGGGUUUUGCUAUGAUAAGGUUUGUUUUAUGGUUGGAGGCAGGUUGUUGGGGGUAUUUUCACAUGCACGUUGCUCUGUGUUUGUGUUGGAGAAGACCAGCUCAAAGUUCGCUGAGCAAAUAUCACUGUGCCCUCCCAUAGCUCCUGCAACCAACCCCCGGGAGGCCAGACUUGACCUUCCUGCUGUUGCUGAGAUAAACCACUGAGCAGCAAGAAACUGGUUUCUUGUCUCUGGCUGCCUGAGCCACCUUCUUGGGACCAAGUUUCUAGGAUGGUCCGUCCAGGAAGUCUCUCAGGUCAGAUGUUCAGAGAAAGUGGCUGCAAAAGGGACAUGAAUCUGGAUGAAGAAAUAUUGGUGUUUGUUGGCACAGGCUCAGAGCAGUGAUCCAGACCCAUCUGUGCCCGCUGCACCGGGCCUUUCGCCAGGCUCCCGGGAGGCAGCUGCGAAGGAUCCCAUCCUGCACAGCCAGCCGCAGCCCUGCCCUGCUGUCCUGUGCCCCUUGGCAGCCUGGCAUCAUGGCUGCCAUUGCGCUGAAGCCCCUCAUCGCCGUGUGCCAGCUCACCUCCACGCCCGACAAGGAGCAGAACUUCGCCAGCUGCUCACAGCUCAUCCAGGAGGCAGCACACCGUGGCGCUUGCAUCGUCUUCCUCCCCGAGGCCUUCGACUUCAUCGGCAGCGACAUGCAAGAGACCCUGAGCCUGGCCGAGAGCCUGGAGGGGGCCCAGAUUCAGCGCUACGCCGGCCUGGCCAGGGAGUGUGGAGUGUGGCUGUCUCUGGGUGGCUUCCACGAGAGAGGCGAGGACUGGGCCAGCACCCGGAGGAUUUAUAACUCUCACCUGCUCCUGGACCCCACAGGGCACGUCGUGGCCACGUACAGGAAGACCCACCUCUGCGACGUGGAGCUGGAAGGGCGAGUGUCUAUGAAGGAGAGCAAGUUCACCAACCCCGGGCCUGAGAUUGUGCCGCCCGUCAGCACCCCUGCUGGGAAGGUUGGCCUUGCCAUCUGCUAUGACCUGCGUUUCCCAGAAAUCUCUCUGGCGCUAACCCAGGAGGGGGCAGAGAUUCUCACCUACCCAUCGGCCUUCACGGUGACCACAGGCUCCGCCCACUGGGAGGUGCUGCUGCGAGCCCGCGCCAUCGAGACCCAGUGCUACGUGGUGGCAGCAGCUCAGACCGGAAAGAACCACGAGCGCCGCACCUCCUACGGCCACGCCAUGGUGGUGGACCCCUGGGGCAGCGUGAUCGCCCAGUGCCAGGAGGGGCCAGGCCUGUGCUACGCCGAGAUCGACCUGGACUACCUGCGCCGCAUCCGCCGGGAGAUGCCGGUCUGCACCCACCGGCGGGCCGAUCUGUACGGCAGGGUCACUGUGCUGAAGAAACCCCCGCCCCCCUGAGGGGCUCCCCCCACCCUGGAAAAUCCACCACUGCCAGCCAAGCCCUGCAACGCUCCGUGAUCAGGGAGCAGAGACCCCUCCCGAUAUCCCCUCCCCACCCCGCACAGACCCAGUGAUCAGUCACUGAUUCAUUUAGCAAUAGGAUGACUGGCUGAGCUGGCCCGAGGGCUCUCCCAGUGUGUGCUGGGCAGAGGCGCCCUCUGGGGGACAGCAUGGAACUGCAGCACAAUUCCUGCUCCAGGCCCUAGCGAAAACAGAGCAUUUCCCAGGGGUGAAGGGAGCAGCUCCCCCUGAGCCUCCGUCGGCCCCCAGGCAGCCACCCUGCGGAAGGUGCAUUCGCAGGGGGCUCCCGCGGCUGAGCAGGUAGAGGGAGGAAGCGGAAGUGAGGCAGCUGCUGGCCACCCCCCAGCUCUACGGAGAGGUUCCCGGGGCUGAGCUGAAGUCACAGCUCAGCAAACGCUCGUGUGUACCAGCUCCUGAGGGGUCCUGCCUGCUGCCCUUAGCACUACUUCCCACCCCCCUGCCUGGGGUCUCCGUUUCGCAGCACGGGGAGAGGGGCUGAUGUCCCGUCCCCCCCCCCGGGGCAGUUCCUGUCAUUCAUAACUAGUUAGGAAGUUCUAAGAGUGCAAAGUCACUGCUACUUCUGAGCAUAUAGGGUGGGCCUGAGUCUCCCCUGGGCCUCAGCAAGGGAUGGAUUGGCCUGGGCUACUUCACCUUUAGAGUUCCUGGGGUCCUGGAGCAGGGAACUGCACCCUGGUUAUAGCCCCUCCAACGCUGCUGAGAGACCUUGGACAGGUCCCUUCCUCAGUUUCCCCAUUGUCCUGUGACACUCACGUGCUCCACGAUCCUUAGGUGAAAAGCUCCAUGUUAGCAUGAGACCCAGGCAGCUGGUGAAAGGACAAAUGACACUUAGUAAUUGAAGUAAUGGGCAGCCUAGAGGGCUAAAUGCUGGCCACAACCCUGGCAUAAAGCAGAACUGGAUAAUCUUUGUGCUAUACCUCUCCCCCAGGCUCAGGGCCCCCUGCCUGCCAGCCAUUAUCUCCCCUCCCCAUCCCAGUGCCUUGUGGUAGCUCUGCCUUGCAUCUAAGCUACUGUCCCUGUGUGUGUGUCACUUUCUCCUCCAAGCCCACUGGCCCUAUGGAGAGCAAGGCCCAAAGACCAACCGUGUAGCAGGAAACAUGUUCCCUGCCCCAGUAAAGGGACUGUCUCUCAAGUGGUUAGAGCUGGAAUCCUGGCUUAUAUUCCCAGCUUGUAAUGACUUCCCUGGCCUCUUUUAUGUUACCUGCAGGGAGCCUGUCUGUUCAGGCAGGUGCACCCAGCGUGAGACCUUUGGGACAGUACUUUUGCGGUGGCCCUUGAGUUUGCCUCUAGAAACCAGGGCCAAGGCUGGAUUUCCUCCCAGGAAGAGCAUGAGGGUUCAGUUAAGUCAUAAUAGAGAAUUGUGAGUUGUAUGGGGGGAGGGGGAGAAAGAGGGUCCAGCCCUAACCGAGCUAGGUCUAGUGGCUGAGCCAGUGCAAUUAAUCAAGGCCCCACUUACAUCAUCUACAGGCUGAUUUAAAUCCAGGGGGGCAGUUCAUGGGUGGUGGACCUAGUGGUUCAGGCUGGCUGCAGACUCAGGUAGACAUUGCUAGAUGGUUCUGGCGCUGAUCAGCAGUGAAGAGGGGCAUUCUCUAGCCAUGCAACCCACAGGGCCCCUGCUACUCUCAGCUCCUUUUCCCCAGCACAGCAUCUUUCAUUGAAGUGCAGCUAUGACAAUAAUGAGGAUUGCACCUUUACCAAACCGAAGAGGGGGAACAGCAGCCCCCCAGCGAGGGCAGCCAAGCACACCCGGGGCCCAGCAGCUUAACGUGUCUCUGGGGCUUCGCUGAGCUAGGCCAGUUGGGAUCUUACAAAGAAGAUAAACGUUACCCUGCCCAGGCAGAUGUGCUUCUGCAGGGCUCAAGGUCAGCCCGGAAGGAAAUGGAAAACCAGAGGCCAGAUGAGACACUUCAAAACAAAACACCCCAAACAGCUGGAAGGGAACGUACAUGACCCAGCAGCAGCAGGUCCGUCUGACCCAGCAGCCGAGCAGUAAGGAAGCAGACGAGAUGCAGUAGAUGUUUAUUUCAAGAAAACUGAAAGCUACACGGGGAUUAUGACUGUUAUAUUGGAAGUUUAAAAAAUACAGAAGAGUCACAGAAAUUA